AAGCUUCCCCUUUGGGGUCCUGACUUGGGUCCUUGAUCAACGUGCGAGACGCGAAAAUGUGAAGUUUAUUUUGAACCUGUCUUGAAUUUGUGUCACCGGGACAUGUUCUUGUAUUUAUAUAUUAUUUAAAAACGGCUGUGAGGGGUUUUGGUAGAACCUGUCUUACCAUGAUGCCGAGGGACAGUCAGUCCAAAACGGCAACAAUCGCCGCGGACGCGACGGUUGGAAACUGUCAAAACUGCUCUGUUUUGCACCAGAGCCUGACCGAAUAUGUGUCGUCAUUUCUGGCUCUGAAACAGAAGAUAACGGUUUCGGAGAAAUUGACAUUGAAAAAAAUGACGCAAUCAGGGCUUCAACAACAGCUGGAAGAGCUGCAGAUUAGAUUUGUUACUCUGGAGAAAAAGACGGCAGAUUAUGAAUCUGUGCAAGCAGAACUUGAGGAAAAGAAGAUCGCUCUUAAAACCUAUGCGCAGAUGUCUAAAGAGAUGGAAAAGUUUAAGCAGCAAAACAUCAAGACGAUGGCAGAUAAUAAGAAGCUUGAAGACCAGCUAAAGGAUGUGAAAGAACUGACAGAAACACAGUCACUUGAAAAUUCCCAGCUGAAGAGGGAAAAGGCCGUGGUAGAAAAUGAUUUGCUGAAAACGCAGACAUCUUUGAAGAAAUCUCAGGCACAAGCAGAUCAAGUUGAAAAAUUGAUACAAGAGAAUGCCAAGACAACAAGCAUAAACGACAACCUUGGAAAUAAAGUUAGAGUGCUCGAAGACUUAGUUUGCAAACAGAAUCAUCAAAUAUCACAACUGACCAAAGAGGAGAUCCUGCUAGAGAGAAAUAUUCAUGACCUCCAGGUGAGACUGAUGAAACUGGAAAGAGAAAGGUGUAAAGAAUAUAGGAGCACAUCAACUCAAGCAAGUACACCUGAAGAGCCUAAAGUUGACAAAGAAAAGUUCCAGAUGCUGCUAAAGAGUCUGUGGGCAUGUGUGGAGCCUCAGCAAGCAGCACUCUGCAAACCUAAAUCCUCUCCUUUUACUCUUGUAAUUUCAGAGUCCAGGUCAAAGCAGGUUUUGCUCUCCUCCCCUCAAAAAAGACUGCACUCUUCUCUGAGUAACAAGUCCCAGUCUGCUUUUCACAAGAUCAGUGAAUCCCACAGUAACCCUAUGCAAACAAAAGGUACUUUUACGCAGUUAAGACCCUCUCCUCUUAGGCAGAAAGCCAUCAAGCAGCAAGCAUCUCCGCAGUCCAGUACCAAGAAGCAAACAGACUCUCCCAAAAAGAGCAAGCGAUUGUCCAACAAGCACAAAACUAAGGAGUCAUCCACUAACUUGAGCAGCUCUGAAGUAUCUUUUGGGGAGAUACUGGCAUUGUUCAAACCAAUGCUUCCCUGCAUUUCACCACUUCCAGAUUUGGUGGAAAUUCAGGACACAGAGAUGGAAUUGAUGGAGACCACUGAUGGGGAAAAGGAGAACCAUCCCCAAAUCUCUGAAGCUACUGUUCCUCAUCAACAAGAAGAGUCCAUCACAACAUCUGUAACAAACCACUGUUCAACAUCUUCCGAGCUACCAACAGAGGAGAAGGUAGACUUGCCAGUGGUCACGACACAGGAAGUGGAACACAUUUCCAAUGAAAAUAACUCCAAAGACUUGGGACAAAAUGAGUUGAGUGGCAUUACUGAAAUGAAAGUGAAAAGCAGCACACAUGGUGAGGAAAUGCAGACUGAGCCGGAGCCAGCAGCUGUGCAUUUAGUAUCAGCAUCCUCUUCUUCCACAUCAGCCAUAACUGUUCUGGUUGAGGUUGUCUCGCUAACUACUGAAAGUCAAGAGCCAGCCUGCAGUGUAAAUCCCAGUAGCAGUACCAAUAGCAUCUCUCAAAGUGAAAACGCUUUAGGUGAGGCAAAGGAAGAUCAGUCAGAGGCUGCUAUAAAGACGGAUGCCGACACAAGCCCUAUUGAUGUUACUAAUGCUAAAACAGUCACUCCUGAGAGUGGAGAGUCCCCCAGAUGGAGGGAUACAACUGUAAUUUCUGAAGAAAGGGGAGAUGUACAGCUAGUAACUGCCUCAGUUACAUGCUCAACAUUUGUUGACCCUGUCAGAGACGCUGAGGUUACAAAUACAGAAAAUGGUUCAGAAAUGGGAAAAAGUCCUCAGGACUCCUGUGGUCUGGGUCAGGGCAGUCCAGAAGCCACCCUCUUUAAACCCCAGGAGAAUAAAGGCUGUCUUGACAAGGAAGCAGACGUGCCAGACAUUAACCCCUGUCCGUCAAGCUGCAGUGACGGCAUCAGUAGUGUCUCAAAUGAAAAUGUUGAAGAGAGACUUGAAAGUGAUGCAUCUAUAAAACCUCUUGAGGAGGGAGAUGGGAAUGAAGCACAAGGAACUGGAGGAGUCGAUGUAGCAGCUUCUCCCUCAGAGUCAAAUGGUGAGAAUAGACCUCCGUCUCCUCACAAGUCUCCACUGUUGAAGAUGGCAGAUGAAGAGUCCCACGCUGACCAGGAAUCUGGUCAAGCAAAUGUUGCAAGCCCAUCAAAAAAGGAAGUGGACAUAGAGACAUUGAACAGUGAAAUUGUAGCAGAUCAAAGCCUUUCCCUUUCAGACUCACAAGAGACUGUUAACUAUGAAUCUAUGAAAGAAAAUAUACAUUCUGUCAGCAGGUAUUUGAGUCCUUCAUGUCUGUUGCCCACCUUAGAAUCGCAGCCUUUGGGAACAUACGGUGUAUAUAAUGACGGUGUAAAGGUUGAACACAGUUCAACAAACAAAGAAACUCUAGCCCUUUGCGACAGCGUGGACGCAAGUAACCAUAAAGUGAGCAGAUAUAAUUUGCGCACUGUUAAGUCUACUACGUCAUUAAAGAGUGCUGGUGCCACAAAUGAAAGUAUUUUGAAAGUUCUUGAAAAACAAAGCCCACAUGUCAGAGAGGAAGAACUUAGUCCAGUGGCAGUUUCAACUACAGCUCAGUCACCAGGAUGCAUUGGUCAAGUUCGCUCUGCAAUGGGCCCUCCACUUCCUCGUCUCCUAACCCCCCUGAAAACACCUCCAAAGGCGGGCAAAUCAAUCAAUCCAAGGCAGGCUAUUGGGAAACUCUCAUUCCCCUCGCCCAUGGAUAGAUCGGCUUCACCUACCACUCCUGUCCAGGCGCACUUGACACCCAACAGCGAGCAGCUGAGAUCCUCGUCUCUAAACAGUCCACUUCCUCCAAACGGAGUCCCCUCCUCACCACUUCAGUUCGGCUCUGCCACUCCAAAACAUGCCGUGCCGGUCCCAGGUCGCCUUCCCUUGGUGGCAAUGAAUUCCUCCCCAGCGUCUUCCUCCAGUCCAUCUCAGGAAAACUCCAUGAGGAUCCUUGACACCAUGUACCCAGAACUCUCUGCCCACGCCCGAACUCUGAGCAUUCUCCGAGGUAAUGUCGGUCUCAGCAUGUGUUCAUCGGAGAGUGGAACAUUGCCUACAACAACAAGUCAGAUCUCUUGCUUUAAAACGAUUAAUUCCACUUCAACGGCCUUCACCAAGACCGAGAUGAGAAGAGAAAAAAGACAGGCAAUCAGUUUGCCUCAACCUAAAAGCAGCAAAUGUCUCAGGCUAGAUGACUGCUCUCCUACUGUCAAUUGCAAGCCGGUGCCUUCCACCUCCUCGAACGGUGGAGAGGAGGCCACCUCACCACAGACUCUGAGGCGCGACCUGUGCAAACUUCAGACAACCUCUCACUCCAUGGAAGGUGGAGAACCUGCAGAGCAAAAUCUUAUAAUUAACUUUUUAAAGAAGGUUGAAAACCAGUGUUUUGAUCUAUUGCCUGUGAUCCAGAGCCACCUGUAUGUUGGUAACCUGCCCAAAAAGCCUGUCUUGAGAGACGAGGAGAAGGAGGUUAUCACUGACAUUUGCCAAAGCAGCUCACUUGAGGCAAACGAUAUGAUUGUGGCCAUCCUGAACAAGCUGAAAGAGGAGAAAAGCAAUCUCAGCAGAAACUACAUGCAGGCCCUCUGUAGAGUCCACACGGGGAUCUGUAGACAGACAAGAGAGUGGGAGAAGGCUCACAUCCUGGCCCACAGCCUUCUCACAGAAGAUUUCCCAGACUCUGCUAAGCUGAUUUUGUUCAUGGUGACAACAUGGCCCAAUGUUCUCUCACACAAAAGUUCUCUGUGCCAGGCAAUACAUACGGUUGCCAAACUAAAAGCAGAAGAAAACCUCCUCGGCUGCCUUUCAGCAUUCCUUGGUUGGGAGAAGAGUCCUCCCUGUGACAUUGACGAGCUGAUCUCCAGAACACUGUCUGAUAUUCAGUCAGGGUCAAGCCUGUCUUUCACUAAACACGGUCGGUACGGGCAUGACCUGGGGACAGAGGCUUGGCAGCUCGUCUUAACACUGCAACUCCUUUGUACACACAAGAAGUGGAAGUGGACCUAUGAUCAUUUAUUGGGCAAGGAGUUGUGGCCAUUAAUGAACAGUUGGGUGACACAGCCCAGAGAUCAACAAGCUCCCGUCUCUGAUGUGACUGUCGCCACUGUACUCAGACUCAUAGGACGCCUUGGUCAGCUGGGAAUCAAAGAAAGGAGUUCUUCCUCUGUGGUAACAGUCGCUAACGUCAUCAACACGUUUGGAAGGCAUGGACAGACUGAGGGUGUGCCAUGGGAGGUCCAGUUAGCAGCCAUCUACUGCAUCUACGACUUGUCUCCCUGCAACCCCAAACAAGCCCUGGAAGCUCUGGGAGGAUGGAGAGGAGAAACGUCUCAGAGCGUCCCUCCUGCUGUUACAAGCUGCAUUAACCAGUUAGCGUCUGUCUGCAGACAGAUCAAGAGCUGACAGAAGUGUGCAUGCUGUACAAAUUCACAUAAAUAUGCAUGUUAGUCUGUACCUAUAAGACAGGGUGAAACUAAAUCCCACUAUGCACCUCAAAUGUUAUUUUAACUGUCUAGCAGCUUAUGAUAGUGCUGUUUUACCAUAUGGGCGAAUGAAUAAUCACAAAUUGGUUUGGUGCUAUUCCUAAUACAGGGAGGUUCAUUGUAAAUCUUUAAAUUUGAAAUAUGCUGCCAAAGACGGUUUUCAUUUUUUCAUUUUUGUAUGUGCACUUCUACUUUAAAAAGUAAUACAUUUAAAUGUAUUAAUGUAAUAUUCUUCAAUUGUUAUUGUUACAGACAUGUAGAAUGUGGUUUCCCUAGUCUUUUUCAAAAGACCACACCCUGUAAUAAAUGUACUGGAAUUUUCUUUCGCUGUAUUCAGGUAAUGCUCUAAAAUAUUGUAAAAUAUGUACAUGUGUUCUGGUUUAACUGUG